CUCCCAUCACAUUGAUAAAUGAAGCAGUACAAACGAUAGAGUUCCAGAAUUCCAAUAUGCUUGGCCAGAUUCAAUACCAGCAGAGAAGAUUGCGUGAGCAGAAUACCACGUUACAAGAGCUAAACCACAGUCUUCUGGAAAUGAAAAGAAAGUUAAUUACACAGGAACAACACAAUGACAAGCUAAAGUACCGAUACGUUAAAGACAAAUUUGGCAUGAGCGAUUCAGUUAUCCAGAAUAUGUCGCAUAUUUCGCUUAGUGGUGGUUUUGAAACGCCAGUUCAAUUCGGAAACGAAGACGGUCAGACAACGUUACAAGUAACUUCCACCAUUGCUAGCCACUCAACAAACGCGUCACAACCUUUAAGAUCGAUAAUGAUUCAGAGAGAGAGAUCGGACAUGACCUUUGAAAAGGGUCCAAGAAAGCCAAUUGCUGGCGGCGAUAGAAGAUUAUCACUUCGACCUUCGCCGUUUAGACACGGGAAACAGCUUACCAGGCAUGGAGGUCCGAUCAAAUAUGCUGAUAGCAAUACAUCAGCAUCAAGUACCAGUGAUCACAUAAAGUAUAUAAACAGUCGGUCCAGUAUAUAUGGAUAUCAAAAUGUCACAAAAUCACAAACAACACAUUUGCAAAGCUGGCGAGACAUGCAACUAGCUCAUAAUCAAAACAAAAAUUGUUGAGUAGUAAAUCUAUUGUUUACUUGUCUAUGCAUAGCGGUUGUUAUUAUUUCUCAUUAAGAGAUAUAAACCAUGAAGGAAGUGUGGUCUCUAUUUUAUCACUUAUUUAUCUUCGGUUUUUGGGUGGAUGCGAUCUCCGUUGGGAAGAAUAAGUUCAUAAAAUGCAACAUCCAACCAUCUUCCAAAUUUGUAGCCUGAAUCUUUGAAUGUACCAAUGUGUCUGAAGCCUAGCUUGCUAUACAAAUUCAGAGACACGGAAUUCUCGAUCGUAAUGGAAGCUGGUGCAAGUGAGUCAUC